AUGCUGAAAGCAACCAAGGUUGAGCUGAGACGUAGAGCACACGGACUCCGUAAUAAGUCGGCCUUGUACAGCUCCAUGGCGACCUUUCACACCAACAAGCUGCCCACCGAAAACCUGUCGGUGGGCCAGCUUGACGUUAAUGCUGCUGCCUCUUAUGGCAGUGCUCAAGACCACUGGCUCUAUCAUCCACAUAGACCCUCUGGCGCUCAAGUGACCAUCUGCAUGAACUUUCGCUCAUGUCCUUUCACGAUCGGCGAGAAGUCUAAAGCCGCCCUGAACAUCCCGACUAGAGUCGGAGAACCAGUCGAUCGCGGCAAGCCUCUCUGCCUGAAAUGCACAGACAGCGUCACCAACGCCGCAGCUCUGACACCGCCUGAGACAUCAGCGUUUGCACUAUAUCGUUCGUCCUCUAUAUGUAACCUUGACGAUGGGUCACAUGAGGGACUACCACCGAUUGACUUGAAUAUUGGACGACACGACUACAACAAUAACCAUGAGAUCGCCACAGUUGACAUCAGGACGUUACGAAUCAAGAUAGGGUGGUUCAUCAACAUCGUGGACAUGUGACAGCAAACGGC